ACUAAUUAUUGCGUUGGCUCAGUCAAAUUGACCUUCGACUAGCAUGGCGAGUUUCUCACUAUUGUUGGCAGAGGUAAUGAACUGUGAAGCGAAGCAUGCAUUGCAUUGUGCAGCAUUGCUUACGUGGAUCCUAGGAUUUGCCUAUUUUUGCGGAGUUUUUACUGAACCUAAAAUACCUAUUACGUCGAGUCCAUUUGAAAGCUAUGGUUACGCUUGGGCAACGUUUCUGUACCUGCUACGAUUUACAGCAUUGUUAGUACUGCCCCAGUGCCUCUGCAAUCUAUUUGGCCUUAUUUUGUUCAAUGCAUUUAGAGAAAAAGUACCACUGAAAGCUGCUCCAUUGCUAUCACCAUUUGUAUGUUUCCGAGUUGUAACAAAAGGACAUUUUCCGCUCCUUGUUAAGGAGAAUAUAGCAACUAAUAUGAAGACAUGUUACGAUGCGGGAAUGGAGAAUUUUAUCUUUGAAGUAGUCACUGAUAAUGCUAUUCACCUACCGCCUCAACCACGAGUACGAGAAGUUGUAGUGCCAACAUCUUAUCGAACGAAGAGCGGUGCAAAAUUCAAGGCUCGUGCUUUACAAUAUUGUCUCGAAGACGAUGUCAACAUCCUCCAGAAUAAUGAUUGGAUUGUACAUUUGGAUGAAGAGACGCUACUGACCACGAAUGCAAUAUGUGGGAUAUUGAAUUUCUGUGAGGACGGUCGGCACCAGUUUGGCCAAGGUGUAAUCACUUAUGCUAGCGGUGAAAUUGUCAAUUGGCUGACGACAUUGUCUGACUCAUUUCGAGUAGCUGAUGAUAUGGGCAAACUGCGACUGCAAUUUAAACUGUUCCACAAACCGUUGUUUGGUUGGAAAGGUUCAUUCGUCGUUACACAAGUUGCCGCGGAACGAAAUGUCUCCUAUGAUCACGGAAUGGAGGGAUCUAUAGCGGAAGAUUGUUUUUUCUCGAUGAUCGCGAUGAAACACGGGUAUACUUUCGAUUUUAUAGAAGGCGAGAUGCACGAGAAAAGUCCUUUUACGAUGUGGGACUUCUUGCAACAACGAAAGCGUUGGUUGCAGGGCAUUCUCCUGACUGUCCAUUCGCCAAGAAUCGCAAUAACACACAAGGCUUUGCUUGCCUUGUCGUUAUAUGCAUGGGCAACGAUGCCGAUAACAUCACUUCAGGUGUUCCUCUGCCCUCUAUUUCCGCUUCCGCGUUGUCUUCCAUUCGAUUUCGCAUUAUCAUUUGUUGGUGCUAUAAAUCUAUACAUGUAUAUAUUUGGAGUGGUGAAAUCAUUUUCGCAUAAAUACAGGAAUAGUACCUGGCGACUGGCACUCUACUUAUCAGGGGCACUCAUGACAAUUCCAUUCAACGUGAUCAUAGAAAAUGCAGCGGUGCUAGUUGGAAUGUGUGGACGGAAAGAUCAGUUCUACAUAAGUCGAUCGCACGGACUAUCCGUCGACUGCGGAGUACGCGCGGCGCGACCGAGUUUCAGCGAUGCGGGCUACGCAAUCUAUGGCCAGUCCGUGCAGUCAUCUACUCGACGGACCAGUCCUGGUAUACGCGAUCCAAAUUAUCUCGAAGCGAAAGAGAUUGACAUGAAGUUUAUGUAUAUUACUACGACAUCUAACCCAUUCUCAUCAAUAGCUACCAUCGCCAGUCCUACACAGGUUACGACAAUUUCACCCAAUAUUCUCCAACCUAUCACUCCUGUAGCCUUCUUUACAACGACUACUCCUGGAGCAUUUUUUACAUCAACAUCUGCAGUAUCUACACCAUCCUCCUAUGUACCAACUUAUCAGAAUUACUCUGCUGACUUGCUCUCCUGUUUCGGAAAAGAACGGCUAGCUUGUGCUGUAAAUCCAAGCUUUAAUCGUGCUCUGGACAACUAUGUGGGCUCGGGAAGGUUGGAUAAGAUCGCUGAAGUUAUGCGAACCGAGGCUCAAAUACUCUGCAAUCCUGAUGAAGUAAGCGCGGUUUCAGGAUUUCUAAAUGGCUAUCAACCUGCCAUACAGGUGGCACAGCAAGUGGCUUCGAAUUUGACAAGCAGCGAGAAGGAUCAGGUUAAUCUCAUGGAAAAUCUCAACGAUACAAAUGCUCAACGGAUAUUUUAUCUAAAUAAAUUCGCUAACCUAAGCGAUCCGGCCCGUAAUCUUCUCCAAACUUCUUACAAUGAAGUCAUGAAAGCCUUUGCAAAAGGCAUACCUCCAUCCCAGACUUCGCAAGCACUUUCGAUGUUGUCCACUGAUGAGAUGAUAAAAGUCAAGGAUCUCAAAAUUGGCGAUCGUGUGGUUGCACUGACAGAACGCUUUCGCCGAUGCAAUAUUACCAGUGAUAAACAAACGGUUCAGAAUAUGGCCCUGUUAUUUGAAUGGCAUAAUAAUAUCAAAUGA